GCUCAUCAUUUCUCCUGUAACUCCUCCUCCGGGGUUGUUUUACAUCCGACUCACACAGACAAGCUCCAGACACUGUUAGAAAGGAUCGGGGUGACUCCUAGCUCACCCACUCUAUCUCCUUGUGCCUCCUCGAACCCUUUUCCAUCGCAUGAUCCUCUCGCCUGAAGAACUGAGUCAAGAAGCAGCAGCACUCUGAAGUGCUCAGUAUGACGGACUUUGAUUUUUAGUGCAUCUCUGUGGACUUGGGCAGAUCUUCAAACUUGUUUGUAGGAAAACAUUUUCGUGAUUUUUGCCAUAGGGGAAGCAUUUGAUACCGCUUUUAUAAAGAUUUCCAAAAAGUUACAGAGAGAAAUUUUUGCCCAUUGUGUUUUGCACUUGAGUCAAUUGUUCUAAACUGACUGAGUCGUGUGGGGUGAUGGGAUCGGACGUGCGAGAUCUGAGUCCCCUCAUGCCCGCUGUACCCACUCUACCACCUCUUCCAGGGCCCAACAGCGGAGCUCCUCAGUGGGGUCCAAUCGUCGACUUUCACCCCGGCUCUCCAUACGGAGCUCUGCCCUCACACUCGUUCAUCAAGCAGGAGCCUGGCUGGGGGUCGGUGGACACCCAUGAUGACGCUCACUGCACCCUCGGUGCCUUCACUGUGCACUUUUCAGGGCAGUUUAACGGAGGCUACAGGUACGGAGCAUUCAAUGAGCCAUCAUCUGGACAGAACAGGGGAUUCAGUAGCAACCCGUAUCUGAGCGGCUGUGCUGAAAAUCCUCCAAUCCCGAGGAGUCAGACAGAUGUGGAUGGAGCGUUAAGUUUUCCCCAUACUCCUGUUCACCAUGUGCCACCCUUUCCUUGUUCGCACCCAUUCAAACCUGAGGACGCUUUGUCACAGUCCACCAUGGAUGAGCAGCAGUACCUGACCCCGCCCCCUGUCUAUGGUUGCCACGCCCCCAGCGACAGCCAGGCUCUUCUUUUACGAAACGGCUACAACAGUGAUAAUCUGUACCAAAUGACGGAAUGUGUGACCUGGAACCCGGUCAACAGUCUGGCCUCCACCAUCAAGAGUCCAAGUACAGGGUUUGAGAGCGAGCCAACGGCAGCUGUUGCUCCUGUGAUGUACAGCGCUCAGUACCACAUACAUACACACGGCAUGUUCCGAGGAAUUCAGGAUGUGAGACAAGUACCGAGCAUCACUCCCUCCAUCAUGAGGUCGGCCCAGCCCAGUGAGAAACGCCCCUUCAUGUGCUCGUACCCUGGCUGCAGCAAGAGAUACUUCAAACUCUCACACCUGCAGAUGCACGGAAGGAAACACACAGGAGAGAAACCGUACCAGUGCGACUAUACAGACUGUGGCCGCAGAUUCUCCAGAUCAGACCAGCUGAAGAGACACCAGCGUAGACACACAGGAGUAAAACCCUUUCAGUGUGAGACAUGUCAGAGAAAAUUCUCACGCUCGGACCACCUCAAGACUCACACGCGGACUCAUACAGGUAAAACAAGUGAGAAGCCGUUUACCUGUCGCUGGCCGAGCUGUCAGAAGAAGUUUGCUCGUUCAGACGAGCUCGUCAGACAUCAUAGCAUGCACGAGAGGAACGUCACCAAACUGCAGUCGGCUCUCUGAACUCCCCAAAAUCUUACACGCAAUCGAUCAUUAACUAACUCGUGGCGAUUAUUAAAAAACAGACAUGCUGUACAGCUUGAUGACGGCAGCGCUCAGGACUGAACAGCCAAUUAUUAACAUCAUUAAACUGCUUUGGAAUAUACAAGUCCAGAAAUAAAGUAAAAAUAAAUAAAUAAAUAAAAAUCUAUAAUGAUAAACAAAAGGCUUUAAAUACCUUGGUAAAGUCUUAUAAGGAGCAUUUUAGAUCAUCUCAUGUUGUAAAUAACUCGUGAUUGCUUAGAAUCAAUAUCUAAAAUGGAUAGGCUGGUUCACUUAAAAUCAUGAUUAUUUCUGAUUUACAUACAUGCUUUCAUUUUUAUAAAAAGAAAAUGCACUGUUAUAUUUCUUUGUACAUACUUGAUAAUCUUUGACAAACUUUUAAUAUCCAUAUUUUGUAUUAAAAAGCUUCUAACACUGAAAUUUCUUUCUGUACAUUUAUGUUGCUGAUGCUUCAGGGUUUGGGGCACGGGACCAUCAUGUCAGAUUCGACUGGAAAAAUGGACAUAUUUGCUAGGACUUGAUUCAAACAAUUUUUGAAGGAGUGCAUUUAUUUAUAUUACAUACAGUGUAGUGUAUAGUUCGAGGCUUCUCGGAAUAGAACUGGAGAUUACAUGCCGCCAUCUUGUGUCCAAUGCAGGUAUUCAUCCUAAUUUUUGUCUGCUCCCAGUUCCUUGACAUGAAGGUUGAGGACUAGAGGUGAGAACCUUAGUUAUGAUGCCUGAACCAUUUGCUUAUUUAGCUUCCUGGUGUGAAGCAGUACUGGAUCCAUCCAUCCUCCAUGCAGCUUAUCUUACCCCCUACAGUGCAGUGUUUGGACUGCGGAGGUAACCAGAGUACCAAGAGGAAACCCCCAAAGCAUGGGGAGAACAUGCAAACUCUGCACACACACAGGGGAGGAUCCGAAACCCCAACCCCAGAGGUGCGAGGCAAACGUGCCCCCCCACCAAGCAGUGUUAAUUCCUGUUAUCAUUUAUAUUACAGUUAUAAACAGACGUUCCCUCGCCAGCUUCUUUACUCUUUAUUAAAAGUAAAAUUACCAGACUGUGCUUGGCUUCGGAUAUACAGGACAAGAGGGGUUUGCUUCAUCAUGUUUACUUUAUUGUAUUUUGUAUUAUAUAUAUUAUAAUAUUAUAAAUUUUUAAUCUCAUCCUGUCUCUCAACUAAUCUUUGGUCCUGAAAGUCCUGACUUCAGGAUGUUACUCAAGUACUAGAAGUUCCAUUUCUGGAAGAGACUUUGGGUGAGACAGAACUCUAUUACUUGUUUGCAACAAUCAUAUUUUGUCUGAUCACCUACAUUUGGAGUCAGUGGCUUUGUAGAGCCGUCUUAUAAAGAUGCAAAAACACUGUUGGGAAAGUGAAGCAGGAAAGUAGACUGAUCAUAUUUAAAGCAUUUAUUAAAAAGUGUACAAAACAAAAAUGCACAAUGCUAUGCUAAAAUGAACCGAAGCUAGCGAAACCCCACAGCCACCGAUAUCCGUUCUCUCUCAGUGGUCCAUUUCAGAUGAAAAAGUUCAUACAGUGGAAAUGCAAUUCUGACUGUGGGUGAAAGUUCAAAGCAUUCCUACUCACAGCAGUAUGGAAUGACUAAGUCCACUGCUGAUGACAAAGUUAGUAUACAUGCUUAGAUCAGGAAGACUUCAAUAUGCUGCCUUCAGAAUACCAAAUAAAACACGACAAGAACAUGAUCGCAAAAAGAGACAGGCUAGACCCUGCCUCCGUUAUUGCUUACUGUGGUCGCUACACAAGUUUUCGGAAGUACGAUUUGUUCUUAGGCUUUGAAUAAAACGGACGGUGCAUUGAAGAAGAAAAUUAAAAAAAAAAAAAAAAAAAAAAAGAA